AUGCACGUCCCAGUGGAAGACGUUCUGCAGAAGCUCUCCAAAUCUGCCAAGCUCUCGGAUAUCAAAAUUCGAUGCGGCGACCGCGAGUGGCCCGCUCAUAGGGCCAUACUUUGCGUCCGCUCUGAGUACUUUGACAAGGCGUUGUCAGGUGCACUCAAGGAAGCCACCGAAAACACCAUCGAGUUACACGACGACCAUCCGAACGCAGUACACGCCAUGCUCGAAUGGUUCUACAGUGGCAACUAUAGCUAUUGUCAGACCCACUCUAUCUUCGAGCUCUGCGUUCUCGUUCACGACGUCGCCAACAGACAUCUUCUGGACGAUCUAAAAAUGUGUGCGCUCGAGGCGUUCAGUGAUUCGGAAAUCAACCCGAGCAACAUAGAAGGAUUCGUGAGGGUCACAACGACAGUCUACAACGCCUCUUUACUGGAUCAACCAUGGCAGAAAGUCAUACUGGACGUGGUUAGGUUGAGUCGGUACAAGUUCUAA